AGUCAUGUGACUGACUAACAUGGCGGGUAACACAAAGCACUAUACGAAGUCAUACACAUCUAAUUUAUAUUUUCGAACUCCUUUAUUACAAAGUACUUGUUUAAGCAACAAAGUUGGUUGUAAUGUAUACUUGAAGCUAGAGAAUGUGCAGCCAGCGGGCUCUUUUAAAAUUCGCGGUAUUGGAAACUGCUGUAAGAAGGCUUUAGAGAAAGGUUACACUAACAUUGUAUCAUCCUCUGGAGGCAAUGCCGGCUUGGCUGCAGCCUAUGCAGGGAGAAAGCUAAAAAUGCCCACAACUGUUGUUGUACCAGAAAUUACACCUGAUUUUACCAUCAAAAGAAUCAAAGAAGAAGGAGCAAAUGUUAUUGUAAAAGGAAAGGUUUGGGAUGAAGCAAACAUUCAUGCUAUUGAACUUUCCAAAAUUCCUGGUCACUUUCUUGUUCAUCCUUUUGACCAUGACGACAUUUGGUAAGUUGCAUUUAAAUAAAUCACUUUUCUUGGGAUAAAUGUAAGUUAUGAAUUAUGGGAAAUUGUGGAUAUUUAAUGGUUAUAUUGAGUAUUAUAUAUAGAAAAUACACUACAGAAAUAGAAAAUACAGUUAAAAAAUGAUCUUCUACUUAAAAUAUUUUCGUCUUACAAUUAACAGUAGAGUUCUUUCUACAAUCAUAAAUAAUCGUUAACUGGAGGGUUA